ACUAGCAUACUUAGUGUUAUUGUGGAAGCGCGUUACAAAACGUCGACAAAAAUUGAAAACUUCUUUUAUAAGUAAAAUUUGUCGUAAGUGUUUAUAAUGCUGACGGCAGGUACUGUAGGCCUCUUGGCGGCUUUCUUGGCGCUCGUCUACGUUUGGUGUCGCUAUACAUAUGACUAUUGGAAACGCAAUAAGAUUCCCUAUAUGACGCCACUGCCACUAAUUGGCAAUAUGGAAGUUUUAUUUAAAAGGACCAAUAGUUUCUUUCUAUAUCUAUCUGACGUCUAUAAGGAUGCUAAAAUGUCAAAUGCAGCGGCCGUCGGCAUUUACGUACUCAACAAGCCAGCGUUAGUGCUACGUGAGCCGGAACUUAUAAAAUCCGUGCUCAUCAAGGAGUUUCCGAAAUUCGCCAAUCGGUCAGGUGGCUCUGAUCCACACAAUGAUCCCUUGGGAUCGAACAAUCUAUUUUUCAUACGCAAUCCACAAUGGAAGGAUUUGAGAACGAAAAUAACGCCGAUUUUCACAACGGGAAAGAUCAAACAAAUGUAUCCGCUAAUGACUGAGAUCGGCACGGAGUUGGAAGCCCAUUUGAAUUCGUUUACUAAAACAGACGACAUUUUCGUAACWGAAGCUAAAGAGGUUUGUGCAAACUUCACCACCGAUGUGAUUGCCACCAUUGCUUUUGGCAUUAAAGCGAAUAGUCUUGUAGAUCCGAGUGCCAAGUUUCGUGCGCUAGGCCGAAAACAGCUAACCUUUACAUUCGGUCGCGCUCUUCAAUUCUUCAUCGCAUUCUUCUAUCCGAAUUGGGCCACAGCAUUGCGUGUGAGAGUUUUGAUACCGGAGUUCGAAACUUUUCUACGUGGCACCAUCGAACAUGUUAUGGCGUUAAGGGAGGAAAGCAAAGCGACGCGUAACGAUCUCAUCGAUGUUUUGGUGAGCCUUAAGCAAGAGGCUGUCGCGAAAGGCGAGUAUAAUGCUCAACUACAGGAUAUCUUAGCAGCACAAGCAGCGGUAUUUAUGGUAGCUGGUUUUGAGACGUCAUCUUCGACGAUGACAUUUGCUCUAUACGAAUUAUCGAAACGACCCGAUUUACAAGAACGUCUGCGCAAUGAGAUAUGUGAAGCUUUCGUAGCUGAGCAAGGUAGAUUGUCAUAUGAGACUAUCAAUAAUCUACCUUAUUUAGGUAUGGUAGUUGACGAAAUAUUGCGUUUAUACCCAUCACUACCUUUUCUCGGUCGGGAGCAUCUGCCGAAAGAGGGGGAAAAGCCAUUCGACCUUAARCCAUAUUACGAUUACACAGUGCCAGUAGGUAUGCAUCUUUAUAUACCAAUCUUCGGCAUACAACGUGACCCSGAGUUUUGGCCCAACCCGGACACCUUCGACCCUGAACGCUUCAACGCCGAGAAUAAGAAAACCCAUAAGCCUAUGUCCUACCUUCCCUUCGGUAGUGGACCAC